GGGGGGGGGGCUACUAGAAUGUGAAACUCCAAGAGAUGCAAAUCAGAACAUUUCAUGUAGGAAAUAAGGAAGAUACUUGCAGAAUGUUUUCAUCAGUCUCGGUGAUGACCAUUAGCUUAGAUUGCUUUAAAAGGGGACCAGACAAAAUUCAUGGAUGAUAUAUAAAUAUCUAUGAAUAAGGGUCCUUCUCUCUCCCCCCCCCCCGCCAUGACUGCUUAACGGUAUCUCUGACUAUCAGAUUCUAGGUUAAAAUGACAGGGAACGCCUGCUGGCCUCAUGCUCUGUGGGCAUUGCAGAAGAUCUGGCUAGCCACCUCUGGCAACAGAAAUGCUGGACUAAAUUGACCCGGGGCCUGAUCCAGCAGCGCUCUUAUGCUCUUAUUGCAAACCAUUUUGCACAUUAAUAGUGCAAGAUAAGAAAAAAAGCAAGAUAAUCUUACUGUAAGAUGUAAGCUGAUGACAAUUUCAAGCUGUUGAUUUCAAUGGGAUUUUGUCCAAGCAGUUUGACAUAACUUGGCUUUAAUAGGAUUUUCUAGGCUCCAGGAUCAUUAUCUCUGCUUAGGUAGAGACAACUCUGUCAUUUUUGUUUCCUCUCAGUUUCUCAUCCCCGUGCCCCAAUCUUCAACUCAGUUUACCCUAAUCAGUCUGCAGUUUUUUUAAAUUUAAAGAACUCAGGAAAAUUCGCCACCAUUUUCGUGCAUGUUUUUAGUCCUAAUAAACACAUUUUUUGUGUUUAUAUUUUCCCCAAUAUAAUGCAUUUUAUUCUAUUUAACUAGUAUAUGCAUUUUUUACAUGCACUUUCCUCAAACACAUCCAUUUUAUUUUAUUUUUUGGAGAACGGCAUCACAAUAUUCCAAGGGGGGGGGGGGAAUUGUGAAGGACAGCUGUGUUUCAUAUUUUAUAUUAAGUAGUGCUAAUGGGGUCACGAAGAGUCGGACACGACUAAACGACUAAACAACAAAUUAGGCAGGUUCGCGUUAAAACGUUAACCAGACCAAAUUUCCCCCAGCCUUCCCUCCGCCUAAAUAUACUUGUUGAACAUUUUGUAUCCUCGGCAAAGUGUUAAAUUUCCACUUGUAAAGCAGAAUAUGCCAUAUUGUUCUUUUGUACCGGUAACCAAUCUAGCACCUAGUGUGGUUGCAAAUGUCAAUUUCUUGGUCGAUAGGGAAAAGAUAAAGAGGCUGUGUACCGUCCUGCUGUUGUGAGCAGCAAAAAGGGUCUCGCGCCCCAUAGAGCAACGAUAAUGUGGCUACUGGCAAAUUGGGGCUAAUUGCCAGUGGCAAGUAGAAGAGCUGCUUUCAGAAAGUUGCUAACUUCAUGCCGGCGAUACGGUGUGCAAUAAAUGGGUUGCGUGUUUCCAUGUCAAUCCCUAAUAGUGUUAAGCUGAAGUGCAUUGCUUAUUUAACUGUUUCACAAUAAUUUCAUCCUUUCUACUCUGAGACAUCAAAGAUAGCCAGAGUUUCACUGAAUCAUAAAAUUGCAGAGCUGGAAAGGGACCCCAAGGAUCGUCAAGUCCAAGCCCCUGCAAUGCAGGAAUUAUGCAGGGAUAAGUUUCAAUCAGAGAAGUACAAAAUCUUUUGGAAUGGGGACGAAAGAAGCUGCCUUAUACAAUGGUCCAAUUAGCUCAGUACUGCCUGCGCUGACUGGCAGGGACUCUCCAAGGUUUCGGCCAGGAGUCCCUCCAGCUUUACCAGAUUUGCUGGGGAUUGAACUCAGAACCUUCUGCAUGUGAAAUCAAAGCCCCAGUGGAGGCAGCUCCAUUUGGAUGAAUGGGGCACUAAUCCACCAAACUCAGCCUGCUCUCAGCCAGCUCCCUACCUACUUUCCCACUUAAAACCCAGGGCCUGUGGAUUUUUUGGAUUAUUUAAAGAAAUAUUGUAGUAUGAUAAAUUCGCGAGCAGGAUUUGAACUACAAGCAACAGAAGGAAUGAAAGAUUAUCAUAUUGUACUGUUGUUAUCAGAGAGAAGAUAAGGUGCAGCGGAGAGGGGGAUAAUAAUUUUAAAAACCCACCGUGGAAAAUGAGUUGUGAAGUCGAUAAAAGAAAAGAAAAAAUUAUUAUGUAUUGAAGUGAAUAUGUGAUUUUUAAAAAAUAAUAAUAAUUUAAUAAUAUAUAAAUGGGGGGGGGCAGUCCAUGGGAUGGUCCUACCUGUUAGCUUCCUCCUCCCUAAGCCUCAAUGACACCCCUUUGUAGAACUGAGCAGGGAGGGGACAAACGUAGAAUUAGUUGGCUUUGUCGGUCAUAUUUUUUGGCUUCACCUGCUGUUGGUCUCCCUGCCUUCCACCCUACCGGUUUCAAUGGGCACCAGGUACCACUGCAGCACCCCCAAAGUCCUUCCUCCAAAGGAUAGCUGGGUUCCAAUCAGCCCAGUAGUCUGAGAGCUGCGGACAUAUCAGAAUCCCCAAGAUUGAUUUCCUCAAGCACCCCAAUGUCAGACUAUUUGUCUCUGUAGCCCAGUAUGGUCUACUCUGACUAACAGCAUCUCUCCUGAGUCUCUGGCAGAGAUCUCUCUCAUUACCUACUCUUCUUUAAACUGAGGAUGUUGGGGGACCAAAUCUGGGACCUUCUACAUACAAAAUAUCUGCACAAGCACUGAGCUAUAGCUUCGAAGUGGCACGAAAAAUGUUGGGUAAUCUGGAUUGAUGCUCAAUGUCAAAGAAGAAUUGUUGUUGUUGUUAUGCUGCUCAUCUGACUGGGCUUCCCCAGCCACUCUGGGUGGCUUCUAAUAAAUUACAAAGCCACAGUAAAUAUUAAAGACCUCCCUAUACAGAGCUGCAUUUGGAUGUCUUCUAAAAGUCAGAUACAGUGGUACCUCUACUUACGAAUAACUCUACUUACGAAUGUUUCUACUUACGAAUGGAGCUCCACCCGCCAUCUUGGAUGCGGUUUAGACAGGAUUUUUUCUACUUACGAAUUUUUAGAUAGGGUUGCUUCGACUUACGAAUUUUUUCUCCCAAUGCAUUCCUAUGGGAUUUGACUUACAAUUUUUUUCGACUUACAAAUGUGUGUUCGGAACGCAUUAAAUUCGUAAGUAAAGGUACCACUGUAGUUGUUUAUUUCCUUGACAUCUGAUGGGAGGGAGUUCCACAGGGCAGGCACCACUACCAAGAAGGCCCUCUGCCUGGUUCCCUGUAACCACCAGAAGACCCUUGGUUGGAGCUGCAUCCCAGUGUACAUCCCAGCUGAACAAUGUGGGUGGAGAUGCUCUUUCAGGUAUACAGGGUAGAAGCUGUUUAUGGCUUUAAAGGUCAGCAGCAACACUUUGAAUUGUGCUCAGAAACAUAGUAUGAAUGUUUGGUGGUAUGCCUGAGCUUUGAAUGACUAUCAUUCAAAAAUGAUAAUAAUAAAAAAUGAAUGACUAUCAUAUUUUGGGAUCAAGGAAUUUCCUCAUCCUCAUCUGAAACUGCACCUUUGUCUAGUUGACUAACAACCCUGCCUCCACCCUGCCCUUUCUCUCUCUGAGAGAGAUUUCAUAUCUCCCCUCUGCCUCUUGUAUGUGGGUUAGCUCCUUAGACUGAAACAACAGGAAAAGUGAAAUAAAACUAUUCUUUGCUAGGGUUUCCUGAGCGGAGAUCUACCAAGUGUGCAUUUCUAUCCCCCAACUCUUCCCAAGGCAGCGAUUUAAGAAGAAAAUAAAAACAACAUACUGAAUUAAACACAUCAACAGCCUUAAUCUUAAGAUUGUACCACAUCUGUUCUAGAAACUAUUAUGGUACUUUGAGGAGGUGUUCAGGCUCAGGUUUUGGGCAAGAAGGCUGUAAUAGCAUCCUCCAUGCGAGCUGCUUGGCAAUAUGAGGACACCACCACAGCCCAGUUCACAGCAUGACAGUACUGGGGAAGGGCUAUGGUUCAUUGGUAGAGGACAUGCUUUGCAUGCGAAAGGUUGCAAAUUCAAUCCCUGGCACCCCCAAGCAGAUUUCCAGGUAGGGUCAGGGAAGACUCCUGGCUGAUUCUGCACAAUUCUUUGUUCCAACUGCAAAAAACAACAACAAACCCACCUUUUUGCCUACACCUACAACUAGGUAUGGGUUCUGCUAAACUUUCUCAGCUUAGUUUGCAUAUUAUGCAAACUAUUUGUUAAUUUUGAAAGUUGUAUGAUGGCCUGGAGUAGGGUUAAGCAAUCUCCCACUCCUCCAACACGCAUUCUGAUUUCCCACUCGAAAUUACCAGUACUCCUUUCAGGGCAGGUUUAAAGGAAGGAAACAGACGGUUGAGUUUUCUAAGAUAAUGCUACUUGUAAUAAUAAUAAUAAUAAUUUAUUAUUUAUACCCCGCCCAUCUGGCCGGGUUCCCCCAGCCACUCUGGGCGGCUUCCAACAAAACAGAAAUUCUAAAAUACAGAAAUCCAUCAAACAUUAAAAUACAGAAAUCCAUCAAACAUUAAAAGCUUCCCUAAACAGGGCUGCCUUGAGAUGCCUUCUAAAGGUCUGGUAAUUGUUGUUCUCUUUGACCUCUAGUGGGAAGGCCUUCCACAGGGUAGGUGCCACUACCGAGAAGGCCCUCUGCCUGGUUCCCUGUAACUUGGCUUCUCGUAGUGAGGGAACCGCCAGAAGGCCCUCGGAGCUGGACCUCAGUGUCCGGGCAGAACGAUGGGGGUGGAGACGCUCCUUCAGGUAUACCGGACCGAGGCAUGUAUUUGAACCUUCAAAGGCUAAAUAAAAAUUAAGGCAAUUGUAGAUGUUAAAGGUAGCAGCCCUAUGCCCUCUUUCCUGAAAUUAAGCCUCACUGUGGGCAUUACAUCUUAUAAAGUGUGUCUAUAAUAUUUUCACCAAUAUGUGCAUUUUCAUGCACACUUUAAUAUAUGCAUUUUUUGUACUCAUUGCUCAGCUGGAGAACUGCACUGCAAAAUUCGGAGAAGUGCAAAUUUCAAAGGGCCAUAUAACACUGGUCCUGAAAAACUUACAUUGGCUCCCAGUACAUUUCCAAGUGCAAUUCAAAGUGUUGGUUGCUGACUUUUAAGGCCCCGAACAGCCUCAGCCUGAAGGUAUACAGUUUUUAAUUGUGUCCGGGGAGGAGUCUGUGAAAGCAAAAGUUCAAAAUAGGCAUUCACACGAUACACAGCUUCUAUAAUUGCAACCUGCCACGUGCCUGAAUCUCUCUGGCAGAAUGAAAGCUGACUGUCACCAUAGCAAGGCUAGAGUGGAAGUCUGCUUAGUUGAAGAGUUGGUUUGGUGAUGCUUUGCUGGAGUGAAUGAGAAACACGCUGUUUGUGCGGCUGCAUGGAAGUUGAUGGCACAUGGGGCUUCUGCAUGCAACUGAGUACUUGAUUUUUGGGUAAGAAAGAGUCUGACCUCCGUUGAGCUGAGGUGUGCUUUGUGGGUGGUAAUUUUGACUGAGAAACCAAACCUGCCUUUGGCAGAAAGUGACUAUGUGGGUACUGUACAGCAUAGAGGUUCAAGAUAUACACAAGGUGGCUUAAAAAAAAAGGAAAUGCAAGUGUUAAUUGCAAAUUUUGCAAAGCUAGUAAUAGAAAUGUCAAUAGGGAAAGGGGUGAUUAACACUUCUAGUUCAGUCUGCUGUUGCAAUCUUACCCCUACCCCCAAGAAGACUUUCCUCUGCACUGUCAGACCACUGCUACAACCAAAUUAGAAACAUAAGAAGCUACCUUAUACAGAAUCAGACCAUUGGUCUACCUAGCUCAGGACAGCACCGUUUAGAUUGGCUGGAAGCAGCUCUCUAGGGUUUCUGUCAGGGGACAUUCCCAGUAUUUCUUGGAGAUACUGAAGACUGAAGUGCAACAUUCUGCAUGCAGAGCUGAUGCUCUACCACUAAACUCCCUCAAUAAUAAUAAUAAUAAUAAUAAUAAUAAUAAUAAUAAUAAUAAUACAAAACUCCAGAUAGCACUGCAUGAGAUGUUAUACACUACUCGCCAGGCAAAAACAUUCCUCUUCUCCCAGGACUUUGGCUAAUUCAACAAUCAAUGGGCAUUGAUUAUGUAUUUUUGUGUUUCUAUAUUGUCAUCUACCCUUCGAGUGAAGGGCAGUACAGAAAUUAAAUAAAAAAUUAAAAAAUAAGAAAACUCUUUCUCAGGACAACCUCCCCUAACCCAGCAAUAUGGGCAUAAGAAUGCUGAUCUACUCUGCAGGGCUGUUGUGAUCCUUGCAGUCAGAAUUUCCCCACUAUAACUUGAGUAGAAUAAUGGUGGAUUUUACUUGCAUUGAGGGGCUACUUAAAAAAAACCAAACUUUAGUACUUAAAGAAUAAUAUUUACCCCUGCAUGAAUAAUACCUGAAUCAGAGCAAGAACUGUCUUUGCCGGCUUCUGCUGUCUGCUUGUGGCAUGUUUUAUUGUGGAUAAUACAGGUUAAUCUCCAGAAGGGUUAAUGUGCAGAAUAUUCCGCAAGGGUGUGUGUGGAUUAGAUGGUGGAAUCAUCUCCAGAACUUUGAUUAUAAAAUAGGGGCAUGGGGAUGAAUGGGCUCAGAAUGUUUGAACGAAAGGCUGUAAUGGUGCUUUGCAAAUCUACCUACUUUCAUUUGUGGUCAGUAAAAUUUUUAAUGUUUCCCAGUUGCUUUGUGAUUUUAAAAAAAAUUAGGGUGGGAUGCAAUUAGAAUAGAGAGUUCCCAGUUCCUUUUUUUAAGAGAAGCCUUCUGUCCACAGCCAGAAGAUUCCAACUUGAUUUCUGACCCACCAGUAAAUUCAACAAGUGCUUUCUGAUCCUUAGAUCCUUUGCCAGACUCUAGCUGUUUCCGUGGAUAGGAGUAAAUUGCAUUAGGAGGCCGGAAUGUAAGAGGCAAGACCCAACGUAUGGGAUCUAUCUAAGCCCACUUUAUUAACUGUAACUCUAGGAACUUAUGAACCGCACAGGGGAAAGUGUGGGAAAUAUUCAAAUCCUGUAUCAGGCUCCUGACCUCGUUGUGGUAGGGUAAGCCUACCAUGCAGGAAUGAAAGUUGGCAUUAAUUCCCCCUCUUCCCACCCGCCACACCUCUUCAGGUGGGGAGGGAGGUCUUCCUGAUUCACACUCCAAUUCCCAUCAUCCCUGACCACCGGCCCUGUCAGCUAGGGGUCAUGGGAGUUGUAGCCCCAAAACAUCUGGAGGGCCGAGUUUGCCUAUGCCUGGGUUAAUCUCAAAAGUGAUCCAUGCCCUACUGCAUGGAGCCCAGAGGCCCGGGUGCAAAUACUCACAAUUUGUGCCGACUUCUUCCCUUUCUUGCACAUCCCUGCUAAGUCACCAAAUGAGGUCAAUCAACAUAAUUAUCCCACUUCCCCAGCUAACUGCACCUGCCUAGCACUGCAGGAUGGAGUAGGUGAAAAAAAACCUCCACCUCCCUCAGUUAAUCACAGGAGAGGACAAUAAUUCCUUCUGGGCCCCUACUGUGAUCACCACCUUAUCUGCAUCCCAGGAAGAUGGGCCAAGUGGCUCGUCUUCAGAGAGGUGGGGUUGAGGUGUCUGCUGUUCCUACACAGCACAGGUGCCCGUCCAGGAGCUCAGCUAGACACAGUUUCCUGCCAGGCUUCCAUUCCCUCCCACAAACAUGCUCCCUCCCAGACCCACUUUUGGGGCUGGACUGGGGGAGCAAUACCACUUUUAUGCUUUCGACUAGGUCCUGGUUUUGUCCAUUCAUAGAAUCAUAGAGUUGGAAGAGACCACAAGGGCCAUCCAGUCCAACCCCCUGCCAAGCAGGAAACACCAUCAAAGCAUUCUUGACAUAUGCCUGUCAAGCCUCUGCUUAAAGACCUCCACAGAAGGGGACUCCACCACACUCCUUGGCAGCAAAUUCCACUGUCGAACAGCUCUUACUGUCAGGACGUUCUUCCUUGUCAGUAUCCUUCUUGAACUGUGGUGCCCAGAACUGGACACAGUACUCCAGGUGAGGUCUGACCAGAGUGGCACUAUUACUUCCCUUGAGCUAGACGCUAUACUCCUAUUGAUGCAGCCCAGAAUUGCAUUGGCUUUUUAGAUGCGUUGGCUUUUUCAGCUCUUGAACUUACAAUGUGCCUGUCAAUUGGCUUAUUUUUUUAAAAAACAACAACAACAUUAAAAUAGAAAGAUAGCCAAGAAGACAGAGAGAGAGAGAUGCAAAUGUUUUAAACACGAUGACUAUUUAUUUAAUUUGUUUCCCACUCAGUUGAUAGCCUGUUUGACCAUAUGGGGUACUUCACACCUAUUUAAGUUUUAAAAUAUUACAAUUUUCUUUCCCUAGUCGUAGCACUGAGGUGAACUUAGAAAACAUAAUAUAUUCAUGUUUGCGCAUAUAUGUGUAUAUUUGUGUGGCUAUGCAGAUCUCUCUUGCACGCAUGCCCUUGAUCAGAAUCCUGCUAGGGUCUCUAUUCUUCACAUAAUGGGGUGGGGUGGGGAGUUUAUAUAUAGCUACAGAGAUGACUCCAAUUUGGCCCCAAGUGUUUCUACGCCUUUCUUUUUCUGCUUUUUGCAUUAUGUAAUUGCAAGCGUAUUACAUAAUUUUGUACAGCAUUAAAAUGCGUUUGGGCCAACGGUGGCAUUUCCAACAAAGAGGGCAUAGCUCAGUUCUUAUAUGUUUUAUUAUGGCUCUUACUUGCAUAAUUGGGCUUUCUUUUUCCCUUUUUUGUGCCAAUGAUUAUCAUUAUUGAGAAACUUUAGGGUUGAGGCUCUGAUAUUUAAGGUUCUUUUAAUUAUUAUUUAGCCUAAAUGUGUGAUAUUGUAAGUGUGCAUUCUGCUGUUAAAUGCUGGGUUAAUUAAAUAUUUCUGAAUGCUCAAACACUUUUGCUCCCCUUCCCCAAUUCUUCUUUAAAGAAGCUACCAAUCUGAAAACUUUACUUAUCAAGAAAUUUUUCCCCAGUCAGAAAACCCAGAAUGUUUUGGAGCCUCAAGUUAUUUGUCUGGGUCCUAAAAAGGGGGGGGGGGGUGUUGAGGUGGACAGGCAGGCAUGUUUACAUAAGGGAAACUGAGGAAUAAACUGUUCAAAGGUUGAACAGUUGAUGAUGAAAAUCACAUCUCCGGGCAUCCCCUUCCAUGUUUUUAUCUUCUAGACUGCCCUUUGCCAUAUCCCCCCAUUUUAAGUUUCCAAGAACUGCAAAUUACAGAUUUCUUACAGUAGUCCAAUUACAAUCUCUAAAGGUCUCGCUCUGGCAAGAUGAAAUAUAAUACUUAAAUUACUUAAAUAUGUAAAGUAGGGGGCUUUGGAAUAUCAUUAAUAAUGAUAGGUUCAUGGAUAUUUACAGCUUCUGAUACUCCCCCCCCCCACACACCAUUGCUGCUGCCUUGAUGGAGGUGAACGUAUAACCUCCAUUGCUGCCAAUGAUCUGAGUAUGAGAAAGAAAGAUAGCUUUGUUGGAAGAGCUCAAGACUCUCAAUUUCAAGGUUGUGGGUUCGAGCCCCAUAUUGGGCAAAAAGAUUCCUGCAUUGUAGGAGGUUGGACUGGAUGACCCUUGUGCUUCCUUCUGACUCAAUGAUUCUAUGUGACAAGCCCAUUUGGACCUCAGGCAGCUGAGUGGUUAGUAUUAAGCCAUGGGCAGGAAACCUGUAGCCCUCUGGAAUUGUUGGACUAUUGGCCAUGUUGACUAUGGCUAGUGGAAUUGUCUGAUAACUUCUGAUGGGCUGUGAGCUGUGUCUCACCCAUGUUCAAAGGAAGUACAGUUGUAGCUUGGAAAUCAAACAGAAUCCGUUCCUGAAGUCCGUUUGACUUCCGAAACGUUCGACUUCCUGAGCGCGGAUUCUGCAGGAGCUUCCUGCAGCCAAUUGGAAGCUGCGGAAGCCCCAUUGGACGUUCGGCUUCCAAAAGAACAUUCAAAAACUGGAACACUCACUUCCAGUUUUUGAUCAUUCUGGAGCUGGAACAUUCAACUUCCAAGGCAUUUGGAAGCUGAGGUACGACAGUAUCUCAUAAUGGAUUACAUGAAAAACUGACCUCCAAUUCUGGAAGUUAAGGAAAAUCAAAUAUAAAAUCAAAAGUUUAGUGAGGAGGAGUUCCUUGUGAAAUGCACAAGCCAUCCAACCCAUAAUUUUAACUAACUCAUGGUCCCCCAUGCAGCUUUCUAAACACAGGGAAUAAAUGGGGCAGAACAGAAAGUGGAAAGUGGGCAGCUUCUCUCUGCUCCCAGUUGUACAUAAUUUGACUGCUGGUAUCUUUUUAGGAUACAGUCCUGUGAGUACGCCCAUUAGGGACACAGCUACGCUUCCUCCAUAGGAAAUCAGCUGUAUUGAUUUAAAACAUUUACCAUACCCUCCGUCUCUAGGAGUAGUAUCCUAGGUGGUGGCUUGGAAUUCUCACUUUCUGUUGGUGAUACGGCUGAAUGAGAUUAUUAUUUUUUAUGCUUAAAGUAAAAUUGGCAUUAAAGGAAUACACACAACUACAAAAUAAGGACAUUUCUCAUCUGCACAUUGCACAUCUUACAGGUGCACCUACAGUAUUUCUAGUGUACAGCUGAAGCCGUAUUGUGGAAAUGUGACAUGUAGGUGGUUGAAAAACGCCUGCAAUGCACAUAGGCUUCCCAUUAAGCUGGCCUUGGUUGUGGCUCCCUGUGACAUGCGCUCUCUGGCAAACUUGGACUUGUGACUAUGUAAUGUGUGAACUAGCUCUUUUUUUGAGGCACAGUUCACUAUUUGUGAUUGUUGGUCCCCUCCACCCACCUUAAUUAUACAUCUGGGGAAAAGUAGUGGAAUAUUUUCGGAGAGUUGUGACUAGCUUCAUCGUUCAGCUUCAAAUGCUCAAUGCUCAGUGCUUGUACUUGAAGGCUAAGAUUCAGGCACCUUCUAUGAAUAUAAGAAGUCUGUUUUGCAAUGCGCAUGCAUAGUCUCACAAUUUAUACAAACUAGAUUCCAACCAUUUUCUUGGUGCUCGGCUUGAGUGGCUGACAGAGGCUUUAAGUAUAUGAAAGAAACCACUGUCCAAGUUUAUGAAUGGGGUCACUUUUGUUGGUAUCUUGUGGGGGGGGCAAAGGUGUGUGCGUCUGCGUGUGUUUUAAUAAAACCUUGGGUAGCCAAUGACUUUUCUCCAGCUGAAUAAUGAAAACAGCUACCUCGGCCAAAAUUCUCUUCCUCCUUCGAUGGCGGUCUCCUCCUCCCCCCCCCCCUGCCAAAACCAGUCUCACACACACACACCCCUGGACUGAAGAAAAGUUUCUUAGUUCUCUGUUUUAAAAUGGCCAAGUGUAUUAAGCUACUCCAGGCAAGUGGCCCUUACCACCCCAGAUGGUUUAUGGAAACAAAAUGCUGUUUGCUUAGGAAUAGGUUGUAUGGCGGUGUCUGUUGCCCAAGCACUGCGGAGCGUGUUAAAUCGGGAUAGAAGUUAAUGGACCAAGGACAUGCUGAGAUUUUAACACUUUUCCAUUUGAGCUGAAUAUACAGCUUUAAAUCAGGAUGCCUGUCUUCCUUUAAUGACACAACAAGGAGAAACAAAGGAUUGACGGUUUAAACACCCAGCACAAAACUGCCAUUGUUUUGACCCAGAGCUGCUUCAAUCUUUGCCUGUGGAAUACAGAUUUCGGGGUUGCAACUGGGUGGGCAUUUCUGCAUCAUCAUCAUCAUUAUAAAAAAAGUACAAAAGUGGGUGCAGAUUUAUAUUGAGUUAGCAUUUGCUCGCUGAUACCGACCCAUGCAAAUUGAGAAAUUACUGUUACUUAAAUAUUUAGGGCUGGAUUCAACUAACCUGGUCCACUAGCAGGAGCCAACACAAGGAUUCGCACUAGCCCCAUAGGGCUUUCCCACUCUCUUCCCUUGUGUACCCUCAUGUCUCCCCCAAAUCCUCUAGGGAGGGUUGGGAGAAGCCCCAGAACAGGAGGCAAGCAGAAAUUCUUGUGUUGAUGGAACAAUCAUAUCAGCGCAAUGUUGAAGUCCACCCAUAAAAGCAUUCGUAUGGUAUUCAGCUAAGCUUUACUCAGAACAGAAAUUAAUGGACCCAACUUACUCAUGUUCAUUCUUUCAAUAGGGUCUACCAUGUGUGUGUGUGUGUGUGUGUGUGUGUGUGUGUGUGUGUGUGUGUGUGUUUGUGUGUGUGUGUGUGCGCACACACACACACACACACACACACAGCCUAAUACAGGGUGGGUGUAUAGGAGCCAACUCCUAGGGGCAAAGGUCCCUUUGGCCCCUCCAAUAAAAUAUUUGAGGGGGCUGGCUGUUGAUGGGUUGAUGGGUAUUGCCAUUCAAAUGGGUUUUGUGCAUUGUCUUGUGAUUGAUUCUGUGGGGCAGGGCUUACCUGCCCCCCCCCAAAAAAAUAUGUUGGCACCCCUGGGAUGGUGCACAUGUCCAUGAAUACAUGAAGACUAUAUAGGAAAUAGUAUGCUUCACAGUAGUGAUGAAGACUUUGACCAGGUGAGCUGUUUGCCUGCUCAGUCUGCUGCUUGGAUGCUAAUCGUGGGUUGGGAAAUUGAAGUUUUCCUGGUGUCCCUUUCUAAGGCUUUGUAUCAUUCAACCAGACUUGGACUGGGCAGCCCGUCAAAUAGAGAAACUCCUUGAAACAAAGGACUGAACCUCUGCUAUAAAGUAGGUCACAUGGCCACGUCAGGCUACGGUGGCAUAUAUCCUAAUUUUUAUUGUCACCUGCAAAAGUGGAUCCAAAACUCUGAGAAGGUCUUCACGAAAAACAUAAAAGCAUCACUGAUGGAACAUAUAUUGAAUCCUUUUCCCCAUGGCAUUUUCCUGAUAUAAAUCCCCCCCCCCCAAAAAAAACUUUUUAAGCCUUGCUGUUGACUCUGCUGAGAAUAGCAGAGUGGAAUUGGGUGGGGAGAAGGAUUAGAAACUGAAAAUUAGAGGCUGGGAUAUUUAAAGGAGGGGAAUGGAGUAGGAGAAAGAGUUAAACACUCAUGCUCCCCCCCCCACCAGUGGCUACUUUAAAGUUUUGUUGUUAUUUUUUAAGUCAGGAGAUCCGAUCGCAGAUCUCCUGCUGUUUGGGCCUGUAGUCUUGGAGACCUGAAAUUUUGGAGACAAGGUGCAUUAAGUAGAGAGCGUGAAAACUAGAGACUUGUUUUUCAUAAAAUAAAGGUUGAGCUGGAUGCUGUGCUGGAAGAAAAAUGCUGUUGUUCUUGGGGCACUGCCCCGGUCUAUUUGCUUUUUAUUUAGCUUAUAUCCUGUUCUUCCUUUGAGAAAGCUCAGACUACAUAAAAUGAAGGACCCAGUAGCCUCCUUAUUCAGUCCCUGAUCAGGGAACCACAUCUCUUUAAGCAUUAUCUUUUCCUCAGGAUUAGGCGUUCCCAGGACAAUCAAUGGAUGCUGGCUAUAUCUCUAGCUAACUUAACCCCUUCCCUCCAGCUGCUCCUUAUGAUGGUGCUUGUUCCUACAAAAGUCGGGUGAAAUUCAUUUCCGACUCAUAUCGGAUUUAGGGACCUGAAUUAUGACCGUUCUGAGGCCAGAUACACUGUGAUUGUAAUGGGGGUGUUUGGGUGGGUGUGGAGGGGCCGAGCCUGAGAGUGUUAGUUUAUUAAUCCCACACCUCCCCAUGCUUCCCCAUAGCAACUGAGCUGACAUUAUUUAACCAGAUUAUUGGCAGAACAAUUCUUCAUGAUCCAUACGAUGAACAGAGUUUUCUUCACGAGCAGGAAAUAACAGCUUAUCUGGCUGGCAGUGAAGUGAAUGCAUAGGGAUCAGCUUCUGUGUAAGAGGAAGGGUGAGCUGAGGAGGUGGGAAUCUUGCUUUUUUUUUUAUUUAAAGGAAAUCCCAAUCGAAAUCAGUUUUGACCAUAAUGUUCUUGUAAACUUCCAGAGAGGAAGGCACACUUGAUCAGUGUCAACAUCUUGUCCAUUUUCUUUCAAAACUUCUCUCCAUGUGCUCCAUACAUUAUAUGCUUCCUUUGUAGAGGGCUCCAGGCCGCUGUGGUUUGAGUGAGAUUUCAAAGCUUGCAUAGGACAGGUUAAAUUUGAGAAGGCUGCUGGUGGCGUCAAUGUGGGGAGGGGUGGGUGGGAUGAAGGGAAGCAUGGAAACGUGAAGCGAGGGAGUUUCAGAGUCGAAACAACUUGCCGAUUGUCUUCCCUAUUAUUAUUAGGCUUAAAGGUUCUAACAAGAUCCUUGGGUUAUUUGAUUUGAUUAACAGCGCUAAUUCUUAGUUGCCUAACACCAUUGAUGAAGGGGGAACAAGCAGCCAUCUCUCCCUCAUGCCAUACACAUACCACAAAAUGUCUCAAUGCAUCAGUCUCUUGAAACAGGCGCCCGCAUUGUGCUGUCCAAACUCAGUUAAAAGCUGGCUUUUGAGAGUAGCCAUUCUGAAAGCUGGGUGGGGUGAGAGGGGAGAGAGAGGGAGGAAGGACAUGGCAACUACUUCAUAGAAUCGUAGAGUUGGAACCUCCUGCCAUGCAGAAAUCUCAGGUGGCCUUCCAGCCUCUGCUUAAAAACCUUCAGUGAAGGAGAGUCCACAACCUCCCGAGGGAGCCUGUUCCACUGCUGAACAAAUCUUACUAUCAGAAAGUUCUUCCUGAUGUUCAGUCAGAAUCUACUUUCCUGCAUGUAUGUAUGAGUUAGUGGUCUGCAAUUCUCCCCUUUAUUUCAUUACUGGGAUUUGUCGACAGAUUGGUGUCCAUUUGCCACUGUUUUUCCAAUCCACUCCCGCCACACCUGAAGUUACCAGCACACACAUGAUUAGACUGCAAUGCAAAAAAAUGGAAUUCUGAUGUGAUCGUAUGACUGCAUCAACAUUCCCUGUUGUUCUGUGAAACAGUGCGUGCAUGUGCAAAUGUGCGUCAGUAACCUGUACAGGGGUAGGGAUGGGUAUAAUCUGUGGGUUUGCCAAUUCUUAUUUUGAUUUUAGAACUAUCCCUAAUUAAAGCAGAUGGAGCAGAGAAUGAGGCAGCAACAACCCAGGGAAUGAUAAUGAAAUGGAACAGGGGACACCCACUCAUUCUUCGGUUCACACGGCUUUUGGUAGGGAUGGCAUGAGAGUUCAUCUGAGUCUGGCUUGGAUUUGAACUCAGAUAUGUGGGGGUGUUUAGUGUAUGCCUGUGUUUGGAUUGUGUAUUUUGUUGCCCACACUAGUGUGUGUGACCUGCCCACUCUUGGAAUGCAGCCCCUGGCAGCUUUCAACCAGGGUAAUGUGUCCCUCGGUCCCCCAAAAAGGUUUCCCAUUCUUGCUAUAGCAAAUAAUUUAAAAGUGCAGGGAGGACAUAAGAAACACAUUUGUGUUUGCUUCUAAGUGAGUUUUGCAUAUCUCUUCUCCCACAGCCAUUUUAAAAAAAGGUUUGAUUGCGCCUCUCAGGUAUUAUUAUUAUUAUUGUUAUUAUUAUUAACAACUGGUAGGGGUUCGGGGAUUAGAGUUGGUAGACCUGCAUGUGUUUUGGGCUGUGCUGUUGGAGGCCAACCUAGGAGGAUGAAAGUUUGCGUUAAACUUGUGAGCACUGGCAACCCUGCAGUUGUUAAAAAGUGAUAUUUUUAAAAAAGCAGAAGUUAUCCAAACUAGACAUAUGGAGGACUGGAAGUGUGAACUUGUGAGACUCGGUUUUUCUUUUUCUUUUUCUUUUCUUGGAGAGCAGCUUUAGUUGCAAAACGCAGACCAUGUCUCUUGUGGCUUAGAAUACCGCAUGCGGGUGUUGGCCAAUGGACAACUGAAGAUAUAUAGCAUAUUCCAGAAUCUGUGAAUCACAGGUAAAAUGGGUAUCUGGUGAUGCCUUUCCUAACUGCAGCCGGGCUGUUGUCUUGUAUACAAUAAGAAACCAUCUUAACAUACUCAGAAUAUUGAUGGAUAAAGAGCAGCGGAAGAAGGGAUAUUGUGUGUGCUGAAUUUACAGAGGAUAAGACUCUCAGUGGUUGUUAUCCAUGAUGGCUAUUGUAUGUUCUUCCUUCACUGUUGAAGGCAGCAUGCCUCUGAACACCAGUUCCUGGGAAUCACAAGUGGGAAAAGUGCUGUCACAUUCAUGUCCUACCUCCCCAUGGACUCAAAACUUCAUUUGUAAAUUGUGUAGAGAGCCGUUUGCACUGUUUAGGCUGCAAUGCCAGAACAGUGUAUGAGGUAAUAACUGCGGUCAGUGACGGUGUUAGGAAAACAUUGUCUUGCUAUGUUGGUUGCUGAAAAACAGCAACCCAAAUACUUAGUUAUGUAUCUGUGAUAUUUAUUAGUCUAAAGCAUGGAAAAGACACCAUGGUGCAGCUGAUUCCCAGGGACUAAAUUAACACAUUUAGAAUUAGCUAGGAAAUCUGACAUUAUAGAGAUUCACCUCUCACUGGCCCUAUUUCACACCCUGGCUAUUUUUACAUGACUGGAGGGUGUCCUUGACCUCUGAAUCCUGCUUGCCUGGAUGCAAAUGAAAGAUGCAUGUGUGUGUGUGUGUGUGUGUGUGUGCGUGCGCGUAGAAACUAGCUUCUGCACAAAAGUAAAACUUGCAUCCACUGCUCCAUUCAUUUUUGCCUCUGGUCCCAUCCAACAUCAUCAUGUGGCCCUCAAAAGGUUCCUUGCAAUGGAAUGUGGCCCUAGGGCUGGAGAAAGCUUCCAUGCUUCUGUUUUAAGGCAUCUAGCUCAACCUCCUGCUUGAUGCAUGCAAACCAGAGCUUGGGAUGUCCCCAACAGAUACUGGUCCAGCCUUAACUUAAAGAUGUCCAGUAAGGGAGAGGGAGCAGAGAACAAGACUUAAUCCCCUUCCAUGGAGCAGACCUUCAGAUGUUUAAAGAAUACCUUCAUGUCCUGAUCUUCCCUUCACCAGGUUGCAAAUGCGAGUCAGGUCCUCCAUUUACCCAUAACUGUAUUGAAGCUGGUUGCAUUCCCUAACAAUGAAGGCGAUUGAUGGUACUACCCCACGUGUGACUGGCAGCAGCUUCUCAAUCUGGAGUCUUUUUCCAGACUUGCUUGGGACUGGAUCUGGGAUGUUUUGCAUGUCAAGAUGUCUUCCAAGCGACCAGCCUCUCCGUAUGGGGAAACAGAUGGAGAGGUAGCCAUGGUGACAAGCAGACAGAAAGUGGAAGAAGAGGAGAGUGACGGGCUCCAAGCCUUUCACCUUCCUUUGCAUGUGAGUUAUCCCAACAAGCCUCAUUCUGAGGAAUUUCAGCCAGUUUCUCUGCUGACGCAGGAGCCUUGCGGCCACAGAACUCCCACCUCUCAGCAAAACACAAUGGAAGUUGAUGGCAAUAAAGUGAUGUCUUCAUUUGCCCCGCACAACUCAUCUACCUCACCCUUGAAGGCAGAAGAAGGUGGGCGUCAGAGCGGAGAGUCCUUCUCUAGCACAGCUCUGGGAACUCCAGAAAGGCGCAAAGGCAGCCUAGCGGACGUUGUGGACACUCUAAAACAGAGGAAAAUGGAGGAGCUCAUCAAGAACGAACCAGAAGAAACCCCCAGUAUUGAAAAGCUACUAUCAAAAGAUUGGAAAGACAAGCUUCUUGCCAUGGGAUCAGGGAACUUUGGAGAAAUAAAAGGGACUCCAGAGAGCCUAGCUGAGAAAGAGAGGCAGCUCAUGGGCAUGAUCAAUCAGCUGACCAGUUUGCGGGAGCAGCUGUUGGCGGCUCACGAUGAGCAGAAGAAACUGGCGGCCUCACAAAUUGAGAAGCAGCGCCAGCAAAUGGAGCUGGCCAAGCAGCAACAGGAACAGAUUGCAAGGCAACAACAGCAGCUCCUGCAGCAGCAACACAAAAUCAACCUUCUCCAGCAACAGAUCCAGCAGGUCCAAGGUCAGCUGCCGCCAUUAAUGAUUCCAGUAUUCCCUCCAGACCAGCGAACUCUAGCAGCAGCAGCACAGCAGGGAUUCCUCCUUCCUCCUGGUUUCAGCUACAAGGCAGGCUGCAGUGACCCUUACCCUGUUCAGCUGAUCCCAACAACCAUGGCAGCUGCUGCCGCGGCAACCCCCGGCUUAGGUCCUCUCCAACUGCAGCAGUUGUAUGCUGCCCAGCUUGCGGCAAUGCAAGUAUCCCCAGGUGGGAAAAUACCUGGCAUCCCCCAAAGCAACAUUGGUGCGGCAGUAUCGCCUACCAGCAUCCAUACCGACAAGAGCACAACCAGCCCUUCACCCAAAAGCAAGGACGACGUGGCCCAGCCAUUGAACCUCUCGGCAAAACCCAAGACAGCAGACGGCAAGUCUCCCACAUCACCCACCUCUCCUCACAUGCCGCCCCUGAGAAUAAAUAGCGGGAGCAGCUCCCUCAAAUCUAUACCAGCAACGUUAGCCAGUCCUUCAGCCAGAGUCAACACAAUAGAUAUCCUUUCCUCUAUCACAUCAUCAGGGUACUUAAAUGACCACGAUGCUGUUACCAAGGCGAUCCAGGAGGCUCGGCAGAUGAAGGAGCAGCUACGGCGGGAGCAACAGGUGCUCGACGGGAAGGUUGCUGUGGCAAACAACUUGGGACUGAAUAACUGCAGGACAGACAAGGACAAAACGACACUGGAGAACCUGACUCAACAGUUGGCAGUCAAACAGAAUGAAGACGGGAAGUUUAGCCACGCUAUGAUGGAUUUCAACAUGAGCGGAGACUCUGAUGGAAGUGCAGGUGUCUCAGAAUCUCGGAUUUAUCGGGAGUCCAGAGGGCGUGGGAGCAAUGAACCCCACAUCAAGCGCCCAAUGAAUGCCUUCAUGGUAUGGGCAAAAGACGAGCGGAGGAAGAUCCUGCAAGCUUUCCCGGAUAUGCACAACUCCAACAUCAGCAAAAUACUGGGCUCUCGCUGGAAGGCUAUGACGAACCUUGAGAAGCAGCCGUACUACGAGGAGCAGGCGCGCCUUAGCAAGCAGCACCUGGAGAAGUACCCGGAUUACAAGUACAAGCCCAGGCCGAAGCGCACGUGCUUAGUGGACGGGAAGAAGCUGCGGAUCGGCGAAUACAAGGCAAUCAUGCGCAAUCGGCGUCAAGAGAUGAGGCAGUAUUUCAAUGUUGGGCAGCAAGCACAGAUUCCCAUUGCGACGGCCGGCGUAGUCUACCCAGGGGCCAUUGCCAUGGCAGGAAUGCCCUCCCCGCACCUGCCCUCGGAGCACUCGAGCGUUUCUAGCAGUCCAGAGCCCGGGAUGCCCGUUAUCCAGAGCACUUACGGCAUCAAAAGCGAGGACACCUCCCACGUCAAGGAGGAGAUGCAGACUGACGACAUCAACGGUGAAAUAUAUGACGAGUACGACGAAGAGGACGAUGACCCCGAUGUGGACUACGGCAGCGACAGCGAAAACCACAUCGCGGGGCAAGCCAACUGAUAAGAGGGGGGUCCCGGUUCUUGGCGUUGACCUCGGAGGACUUCAGUGGGAAGCCCCGGCUGGUAUCUUAGCCCAGUGGCCAAGCACACAAACUUAAAUCCUCACACACUGACUGUUACUUUAAAAAAAACUCUUAGUCUUAACUAGUUGGGGGGAUAUCAGCUGAUCAAUAGGCAUCAGCCCGUGUCGGGGGGGAAAAAUAAACUUUUUAAAAGGAAAGCGAAACAAAAAAUUUAAAGAGACAAAAAGGCUCAGAGGAAGGAACCGUGACAAGGAAGACAACUCACGAAGACAACAAAUAUAUAUAUAUAUAUAAAUAUAUAUAUAUAAAACGGACGGAAAUAAGCUAUGGGUAAUAUAAUGCCAGUAAUUCAGCUGCUAUACCCAAGCACUGAAGUCUUACCCGUUCAACCUUUUAUUAUUAUUAUUUUUUUCAAAAUAAACUUUAUGGCUGUUUGUUCUACAAUGUUCUAGAAAAUUCUCACUCAGGUACACAGUGCCAACAAGUGGCUUUGUGAAUGUGUUCUGUUGUUUUUGUGCUACAGGUUAAAGGAAGAAAAAAAAGAUUUGGGGUGGGGUGGGGGGAGGUUGGGGAGGAGGUGACGCACCUGACCGGGAUGGGGCGGGGGGCAGAAUAGGUGAUUUUUAAAAACAAUUCUUUAUACUUCCCCCUCCAACUUUCCCACCGUCUUUUUCACCCUUCCUCUCCAGAGUCAGGGUAAUUUAAGGCAUUUAUGCAUCUGGCUGGAACAUGAGGAACGGACCUGUUUUUUUUAGCCCAUGUGGCAUUGCACAUCCUGAUUCACAACAAUUGCUGCUUGCAGGCAAGGAAGAGGUCAUUGGACCUGUAGGAGUUUGCUUAGGGCCCUGGUGGUUUGCUCCAGUGCAUAAUGUUUUCUGUGCAGGCUGCAAUAAACCUUUGGGUGAUUUGAGAGAUUUGUAGACCAUGAAUUGAGCUCUAGAAAUGCCCAAUAUUAAACAUGGGACCUUUCAUCAACACAUCAUCAUCUUUAUUUAUUGGAUAUCUUACUUGCCUUUCACCACCAGGUCCCAGGACAGGUUACACCCAUAUAAAAAUUCAAUAUUAAAAUCCUUUAAAACAACAAUGCUUUCUCAUUGACCUACGUCCUUCCCUUCCACCAAAAUACAUUAACCCAGUCCCUUAAAAAUGCAAGCACUUGUUAUAUUUUGGUUUGACACCUUCCUUAUUAUUCUACACACAUCCUUAAAUGGGUCAUGCCAGUCACCAAUAGCCAGUUAGCCUGAUCACCUGGGAGACUUAUGUGCCCUCGUCCCAAUCCAGUGUCUGCUUGACCGUGAUGGAUGUGCGCGAGAGCAUGUUGCCACAUGGGCUGCAGUGGGCAUACUCUUAUUUCUGCUGCCACCACCCCAGCCAAUCACCCCCUUCCUUUCUAGACAGGGCCUCCUUCCACCAAUUGCACACCAGACAUAGUCUCUGAGCAAGUGCCAAAUUUGUACUCACAUGCUGAACAACUUCCAUUUCAUGUUUUCUUUCCCAGUUGGUCGUCUUUUCUUUAUUUCUUUCUUUCAUCUCAUCUUCGGUCUAAAGUUAGGACAGUGUUGUGUCUUAGACAAUCUGUUGAAGAACCUGAUUACCAGCAGCUGAUGAGGUUAGGUUUUUCUUUCUUUAAUUAAUUUUCUAUUAAAAAACAAACAUAAGUUAAAGGAAACUGUAGGUGCUGUUCUCAGGUGAAAGAGAGAGAGAGAGAGAGAAACAAGAGAUUUAGAGGGAAAAUAUAUUUUAUGAAUCAUGGACUUGUGUGUUUAGGUGGAUGUGGGUGUUUAUGGUACUAAUAAGAAUAAUCUUCAGACAAUUGUUGGGGUGGAGCAGAAUGACUGAGUCUGUAUGACAUCCUUAAUUUACACUUCAUGUUGCUACAUGUAAUAGAUUUCCAUUGUUUGCAUAUGAAGUGUGGCACUGAGGAAUGUGAAGCAUUAACUUCCUAAGUCAAGUAUUGGGGAGGAAAGGGUGAGGAUGUCCAUUGUCAUGUGUUCAGAGACUUUCAGCUCCAGAUCCGCAUCAACCAUGAGGUGGAGGCUGAGAUGAAAUCUUGCUUGUGGAUGAAAUCUUGAGUGAGCUAUGAAAAUAAUUCCCAUGAUGUAUGAAUGAUUGACCCAAUAUGUGUGAGCCAUCUUCCCAUGCCCGUGUAUCCAGAGUUGGACGCAGAUUGGGCAAGGCAUUCCUCACAAUUUGUCAUUCCACAUAGUCCCAUCCCUCAUGAUGGAAAGUGCGCUACUACGCUACCAUGGGGAAUAACAACUGCAGUGGGCCUUUGUGUAUCAAUAGCUGUUCCAGUCAAUUCCAUCUGGCAUUUUCCCAGGUUAGAGGGAAUGAUACAGAAUCCUGCUUUUGUGGUGUAUCUUGUGUACCUUGGGCCCAUUCAAUCUUUGGCUUCCUGCCAUGAUGAGGAAGUCAUGAUGAUUGGACAAGGGAAAACUAGGUUUUUGACCUAGCUGAAAUCAAUGGAACUAUGCUCGCUAAAUGGAAGAACUUUACCAUAAGCAGUUUAUACUGGUAGUUCAGGGUGCCAGAUAGCAUACUAAGUUUGAUGAUAAGCAAGUAGCUCCAUAUUCCAGCAGUUCUCACAAUGUCUUGCUUGCUAAUACAGAUGCUGCAAGCUCAUUGGUGACCCACAUGGGAGAGGUUUAUUCUGCCAUUCUGUGUGCCACUAUUAAUUCCAUUCUAAGAGGUUUACUACAGCAGAAAGCUACAGAGAUAGACCUGCACAUACAGUAUACUGUUUGCAUGCAAUGCUAAGCCAUGGUUUGUGUAGCUUAACGGUGGUUUGUUUGUACAUCCAAGUCCAUCCUAGCCAACUGUGUUUUUGUUGUGGCCAACAAACCAAUAUAUGGAACCAUGGUUGGAAACGGGCUUGCAAAUUUUGACUUGUGGUUUCUCAUUAGGUCUGAACCCACUAUCCUGGCUUAAUCCCAGUUUUUUUUCAGCACCCUACCCUCGAUGCUUGCUCAGCUACAAAUGAGCAAGAUGAACAUUUUGAAAAUGAAGCUAACAUUAGGAAAACAAAUUAUAGUUGCUCUGCUCGUCUGCAGUGCUGAUCCUUGGUUAAAACAAACAAUGGAUUAUCAUUACAUACAAACUGGUACAGUGCAGAAUGCAAGCUGAAGUUCUGGAGAAAGCCAGCAGCCAUUCAUUUUUAAAAGAGCAGAUCUCUAGUCCUCACUAUUGGAAAGGUUUUCUGGACACUCAGGAGAACAUCUGGCGGAAUAUCAAAAGCUUAGCGUGGUAGCUAAAUAAUACUUUCGAUAGGGAAAGGUUCUAUGACAGCAGGACCAGACUGAGGCUGCCACACGUAUUAGGCUGUAUGUCCCGUUGGCCUAUUUCUGAGUAAACAUGCAUAGAGUUGUUCUGUGGAUGACAGCAAAUGGAAGCACAAAAUAAAGAGUGUGUGGAAGGAGGAAGGAAGGAAACGUAGGUUUAUUCUGCAUUGCUCCUAAGGAUAGCAGAGUGUGGCUUAAUCUCAAAGCAAAACCCACAAGUCCCCCUUUGAUUUUUUUUUUUAAGCGCACACUUCAGGUCCAGCCAUUUCUGCACUUGCAUAAAACACUUUGCAACCACGCAGCUUUUGACAGUGGCCACUCUUCUCAGGCACUGACACCAAGCCACCCUUCUGCACCAGUAGCUUUAACACAAAACCUGCACAGUUAAGUUUACAAUAUUCUACUGGCCAAGCACUUAAAAUACCCACCCUACACCCUUACUUGCCUGGGUGUCUAGAGGUGGGAUUAGAUUGCAAAUCAGAAAGUUUUCCUAAAGUUGCAAGAAAGUGUUGAUUCAUUGUAAUAUUUUACUAAAGGAGAGAGUGGAUUGCCCCUAUCACUUUUAUUUUCACAACAGUCUGGAUAAUUAUCUGUCUGAAGUUCCUUAGUUGUUGGAUCCUGUCCCAGUAUGUGGGGUUGGGUUUGUUGACCUAGCAGGUUAUUUUGAUCUCUGUAAGUCUGUUUGUGAUUCAUACAUGAAGAUAUAUCUGUUGAUUUUGCUGACUGUCAUUUCAAUGUGUGAAUUGGCUUCUCCAAAAAAAAAAAAAAAAGCAUUGUGUACAGAUCAGUGGGGUGAAUGGUGCCAGAGCAAAAUGGAAGUUUCAUGGUUAUUGAAGUCUAAAAAAUAUCUGACCAUAUUCUGUGGCUAUCAUGUGUUUGCCUAGGUGUGUCCAAAAGGGUGGCAAGCCUUAACCAACAUUGUAGCUUUCUUGGGAAGGGAUGGUCCCAUCAAAUAUGUUCAAGCACACCCUAUAGUUUUUCAAGAUGGCAGUAUUUGCAUUGAAAAUCAUUACUGCCACCUUGGACAUUAUUGGAUAGUGUGGCUGCCAUAUUUGCCCAGAAAUGUACAAGAUAGUGGCAUUCACAAAAUUCCAGCCACUGGAAACAAUGGGGAAUAUUGCAAUGCUGAGGUUAUUCCAAGAUCAUUGAGAAGGAUCUUGAAGGAAGUAGGUGGGAGGAGACUCAAAAGGGUAAAAAUAAAAAAAUAAAUUGAAAAAUCAUUUAAGAAUUGAUCAUCAACCCCUAUUCAUUCUUAUUAACUCUUUGAAGAUUCAUGCCCUCAUUGUUCAUAUGGCAGAAUGCUACUUCAAAAAUAGACCUCCCUCUGCAGUUGUCUGGCAAAGCAAACAGCAUCCCAUUGUGAUUGAAUAGUUCUGGCAAUAGUUAAAUGGGCGCUUGGAUGCAAUUUCCAACCCCAUUGCUCUUUCAUGAUAUCCACCUCUCCCUCAACAAUCCUUUCUCUCUCUCUCUCUCUCUCUCUCUCUCUCUCUCUCUCUCUCUCUCAAUACUUGUCUGGGUUGGUAUUCAGAGUAGUACAUCAUAUUCUCUAUGUCAGAGAUGUCUUGUUUUGUAUUGGUUAAUGGUUGCAUUUGAUUUUGCGUGAGGGUUUUUUUCUUUCUUCAGUUGAACCGCCUCUUCAUGCUAAUGUUGUAAUGGUACUUAUAAUGAUGGUAAGAAUAAUAAUAGCUGUUCCCAGAUAGUAAAUUAUGCAUAAUUUAUUUUCCUCUCUUUUUUUACAUUACGUUGGUGUUUUUUUAAUUUGGCAAUUACCACAAACAACUACAGCUCUUAAGGUGUUUUUUUUAUAUAUAUAUAAAGUGUCCUUUCCUCCUUUUGGGUUAAUAAGCUGCAAUUUCACUAUUGCUUGCCCAUCCCUCCCCUUUUUUUGGUGUGUGUGUGUGGGAUCUUUUAGAAAACAUAAUUUUGAGCCCACUGUCCCAUCAGGUAUGGACAUUUCUUAAGAUGGGGUGAAUUAUGGGAGUGUUGAGUUCAAUAUUAAUUAACUUCACUCAGUUUGGAUUAUUUAAUGACACUCUAGAGCCAUUCAAAGCACUCUGGUUAAAAACUAAAGCAAACUUUUAUAUAUAUAUAUAUAAAUAAAUAUAAAUAUUAUGACAAAUGUACAAUGUGAAAACUGAACAUUUUGCUCUCUUUUUCUAAAAGGAAAAAAAACUAAACCAGAUUGUUUCCUGUCUUUGUGAACAAAUAUUUCUGACUCUUGUGGGUUCAACCUCACAUGUGUUGGAUCCUUGCUUUCCACCAUUUUAUGAAGACAGUCUGGGUUAAUUAUGUGACUUUGGUCAACAUCUAUACUUUGUUUUAGCUCCAGGUUAGUUCCAACCCAGGUUGGAGCAAGUCAUCAACACACUAGUUAUGAGAUUAUAUAAUCUGGGAUGAGCCUGUGAUGGAAGCACUUGCAAAUCCACGCAGAUUCAUUGUGGUCCCAACUGUGCUGAGGGAAAUAAGUGAUACUCCGUAAUGUAUGUCUGAUCACCCCAGAAACAGAUAAAUGUAUUCAACUAUUCAGUUGACUGUCCUAAAUUGAGUCCAGUGGGCCUAUGUUUGCAGGUGCUUACUGUACUGGACCCAAAGUACUUCAAAAUUACUGCAGGUACAAGGACCUCAACUGUGAGAAACUGGAAAAAAUACCUGCUCUCCAUUCCUACUGAGUUAAGGGGACAGAGCUUUAUUUCUUUUGUUGAUUGGGAGAGGGGAGUCUUUCUGCAUUUAUCCUCUUCACUGUAUGCCAUGGGACCUAUUCAAGGUUGGAUAUGUCCCUGAUGUGAUAGCCAUAAGAAGCUAAACUGAUGUCCAGCCCUUGUUAAGCAUGACCUUAUUUACAGAACGUAUCCCAGGCACUACUGAACAACACCCUAGGGUCACUUAGAGGACAUCCCAUAUCUAGAAAUGUGAAGAUUUGAAUCCAAAGCAGUAGACUUGGUCAGGUAUGGAUAUUUUAUCCGAGUGUGGAAUGGUUUUAGCCAGUGCUAUUUUCCUAGGGGGAAAGGUGCCAGAAUUCACCAUGAACCCCUCCCUCGUUCUCUUAGAAUGGCAAUGGAGAGGUGCCAUAACACAUCUGAGUUUCGGCUGGGG